GAAAGAGUUUCUCUCUCUAUACCUUCAAGUGGGUGUGGAGCCCAAACCUGGUCCUCUGCUUUGCUGGAUUCAAGCUCUCAUUGUUGGUCUUUAAUGGAGCUUGUCUGCUGAGAGAGACCAGAGUUUCAAUGAUAAACAUUUUUCGCUUCUUUCUUAUAUAUAUAUGCUCUCUUCCAUCACCCUCUCGUCAUCUCUGUACUCCAAAGAAGAGAGUGAACACAAACAAUCAAAACCCAUUUCAAUUUCUCUUCCAUUUCAUUGAUCCACAGAUCUAACUCUUUCAAUUUCAGAUCUUCCCAUAGUUCUCAAUUAUAAAAGCUGAAUUGAACAAAAAGGUGCCCUUUUGAUGCAUUUUUCUAUGAUCUUUCUGUUAAAUUGGGUAUGUGGCGAGUUCUAGUUUUGAGUUUUUGAUUUUGUUUUUUGCUCUCGAUGUUAAUGCAAAGUUGCUAGUUUUUAAUCGUGUGCAGUAGGGGAGGGAACAAACAGGUCACAAUUCAGGCUUAUUUGGGUCAGAGUUAUUUUUGAGUCAUUAUUAGAUGUGGAGAAUUUGUAGGGUGAUUUGGGUGAAAUGAGGUAUGUUAUCUGGGUUGAUGGGCUUUUUGAGGGCCUGUUUUCGGCCUAGGUCAGAUCGAUACAUUCACGCGGGUUUGGAUACUGUUGGUCGCCAAGAUGGGCUUCUGUGGUACAAAGAUACAGGACAACAUUUUAGUGGUGAGUUCUCAAUGGCUGUAGUUCAAGCUAACAAUUUACUAGAAGAUCAGAGCCAAAUUGAGUCAGGCUGCCUGAGCACGAAUGACUUGGGGCCAUUUGGAACAUUUGUCGGAGUAUAUGAUGGGCACGGUGGCCCUGAGACUUCGCGUUUUGUCAACGAUCACCUCUUCCAGCAUCUCAAGAGGUUUACUUCUGAGCAACAAUCUAUGUCGGCAGAGGUAAUACGGAAGGCAUUCCAAGCAACAGAAGAGGGAUUUCUCUCUCUUGUUACCAAACAAUGGUCAAUGAUGCCGCAGAUAGCGGCAGUCGGAUCAUGCUGCCUGGUUGGUGUUAUUUGCAAUGGGACCCUUUACACUGCCAACCUUGGUGAUUCGCGUGCUGUUUUAGGGAGACUUGUCAAAGCAACAGGGGAGGUUCUGGCCGUUCAACUCUCAGCGGAACACAAUGCAGCUAUAGAAUCAGUGAGACAGGAGUUGCAUUCUUUGCACCCAGAUGACUCGCAAAUAGUAGUUUUAAAGCAUAACGUAUGGCGUGUGAAGGGCAUUAUACAGGUUUCGAGAUCUAUUGGCGAUGUAUAUUUAAAAAAGGCUGAAUUCAAUAGGGAGCCAUUAUAUGCCAAGUUUCGGUUACGUGAACCUUUUAGAAGGCCUAUAUUGAGCUCCGAUCCAUCAAUUUCCACACACCAGCUGCAGCCACACGAUCAGUUCAUUAUAUUUGCAUCAGACGGUCUAUGGGAGCACCUCAGCAACCAGGAAGCAGUUGAUAUAGUUCAAAAUCAUCUUCGCAGUGGAAGUGCUCGGAGGUUAGUGAAAGCUGCACUGCAAGAGGCAGCAAAGAAGAGAGAAAUGAGGUAUUCGGACUUGAAGAAGAUAGAUCGGGGGGUACGUCGCCAUUUCCAUGAUGACAUCACAGUGAUUGUCGUGUUUCUCGAUUCAAAUCUCGUGAGCAGGGCCAACUCAGUCAGGAGUCCCAACCUGUCUGUGAAAGGGGGCGGAGUUAACUUGCCUUCCAACACGCUUGCCCCUUGUGCCACGCCCACCUAGGCCAGCUCUAUCCGAGGAAGAUGUUUUUAUAUGUACUAUAUGUUCUCUUGUGUGAAUACCAGGUAGCUUCUUCAGGGCAUGAAGACGAUUAUGAUGUCAAUUCUUUAGAGUACAAUGUAAUCUUUAUCUGAGAACGAAAGGACUUGGGUUUAGUUUCUAAAA